AUGGGUUCAAAUAUAGCAAUUGAUGAUAUUAAGAGAGACGCAUUCAAUAGGAUCGUCGAACAUAUUGGAACAUUUUACAUAAUAGACAACCCGAUGAAUAGGUUAAUCAUUGCCAAUUCCACAAAUAGAUACACAAUAACUUUUUAUGAUAAUGGAAAUGUAUUGGUUCAACCCCCAAAUCUAGAAAUUAAAAAAUGUUGUAUUGAUAAAAAUUACAAAAAAAGUAGCGAUAUUAAAACCACCACAAUUUUACAAAAAAGAAAAAUAGACGAUCACUUGGAUGAACCUAUUAAUAAAAAAAAACUCAUAACCGACUAUUUCCCCACAACUUACACCAACACUAAAACGACCAAUAAUAAAAUAGAUGGCAAUAUAGACAAUUGUAAUAAUAUAGAUAAUAAUGCAAAUAUAAUUGUUGAUAUAUCACCCCCUCUUUCCCCUCUUUAUUUCGAACUACCACCAACCAAAGGUAAUAUUCAAAAAGAAACUAAAGCACAUGAAGAAAUUUCCAAUAAUAUAGAUAUAAAUAGUUUAGAACCAUCACCACCACUUUCACCAUUAACAUUCGAAAUCGGUGUCAAAACCGUACAAAAUAAUAUAGAUAAUACAGAUAACAAUACAAAUAAUAAUAAGCCAAAAAUUUUAAUUUUAUAUAGCGAAAAUAAUAAAAAUUCAAAAAAUAAAAUAGUGGAAAUAAUCAAUGAUUUAAAAUUGUACGAUAUAACCACCAUAAUAAAUAGCAAUAAACAGUCAAGCUUAUUCCCAUUAAAAGAAAUUGAAAACAAUGCACCAAAUCAUCAAUGUACAAUUAUAAUAGUAUCUAAAGAUAUGAUUUCAGAUUCAUUGUUUUUGACAGAUUUAGAUGAAAACGAUGAGCCUUUAAUUCAUAGAUAUGCAAGCCCACAGGUUCAAUUUAUUUUCGAAAUUGGUUACAUUCUCGGCUUGAUCGGAAAAAAAAGAGUAAUAUUUUUAGAAAUGGAUGAAUAUUAUAAUCAAAAUCAAAUAGACUACAAUAAAAGCUUAGAGUUUCAAAAUAUUAUAUCAAGCUUUAACAAUGAUAGUAUUAAUUUUUUAUCAUAUAAUAAUAACAACACCAAUAAUAAUAAUAAUGAUAUUUUAUCAAACACAAAUCAACAACUUUUUAACUUUAUAAAAUCUAUUGUAGAAAAAAAUUUAAACAAAAUAAUAUAA